GGUGUGAGGGCUGCCCCCACUCGGGGUGCCCGCAGGGGCCGGGGGUUCGCAGCGGCCUUGGGGUGUGAGUGCACCGGGGGCUGGGCCCACCUGCCGAGGUGGGGAGCCGUACGGCAGAGGCAGGAGCGAGAGGCCCGAGCGGGGAGCAGGCGCUUGUCCUCGAUUUAUGGGACUUUGCGGAAGAGGACCUGGUUUCUGGAUCCAGAACUGAUUCCGGUGCUGCUUGAAGAAUGGAUGAUGACGAUUUUGGUGGUUUUGAGGCUGCAGAGACGUUUGGUGAUGGAAAUGGAGAAGCCCAGACGACGUCCCCUGCCAUCCCGUGGGCCGCCUUCCCCACAGUGUCUGGAGUGCACCUUGCACCUGCCGCUCCUGACAUCGGAGUGGACCGCGACUGUCCUUCCCUUGGCUGCCUCUCCCCAGAUGCCGUUGUGUCCUCAGUAGAGAACACACACGCAGAAAGUAUCCAGCCGUCAGCCCACACUCAUCUGGAUAUCUCCCUUUUCCCACUGAGUUUAACUGAUGAGAAAGGCCAUGGGACACUCACCCUUGUGGACGACUCGGAGGGGCCUGCAGCCAAUGUGUCAGACAUCCAGCUGCAGCAGAAAAUCUCAAGUCUGGAGAGUAAGCUCAAAGCGUCUGAAGAAGAAAAACUGAAAAUUAAGAAGGAUGUGGAAUCGUUGCUGGAGAAGCAUAGUGUCUUAGAAAAAGACUUCCAGAAAGAAAAGGAGCAAGAGGCUCUUUGUUUUCAAGAUAGAUACAGAGAACUUCAGGAGAAACAUAAGCAGGAGCUGGAAGACAUGAGGAAAGCGGGACACGACGCUCUCAGCAUUAUUGUGGAUGAAUACAAGGCGCUCCUACAGUCUUCAGUGAAGCAGCAAGUGGAAGCUAUCGAGAGACAGUACAUUUCUGCCAUUGAGAAGCAAGCCCAGAGGUGCGAGCAGCUGCUGAAUGCCCAGCACCAGAGGCUCCUUGAAAUGCUGGACACAGAGAAGGAACUCCUAAAGGAAAAAAUCAAGGAAGCUUUGAUUCAGCAAUCUCAAGAACAGAAGGAAAUACUGGAAAAAUGUCUGCAGGAGGAAAGACAGAAAAACAAGGAGGCGUUAGUGUCUGCCACAAAGCUUGAGAAAGAAGCUGUGAAGGAAGCAGUUUUAAAAGCCAUAGAAGAAGAAAGAAAAAGUUUGGAAAGAGUCCACGCUGAGGAAAGGGAAUUAUGGAAGACGGAGCAUGCGAAAGAUCAAGAAAAGGCAUCGGAGGCGCUUCAGACAGCCCUGCAGGAACAACGGAAAGAAAGUCAGGAAACUGUUAAGGCAGCAAUAAGAGAGGAGCAGAAGCGGAGUGAAAAGGCUGUGGAAGAGGCAGUGAGAAGAACAAGAGAGGAAUUGAUAGAAUAUGUAAAAGAACAGAAAAGGCUUGAUCAAGUCAUCCGCCAGCGAAGCCUGUCUAGUCUGGAACUGUUCCUGUCCUGCGCUCAGAAACAGUUAAGCGCCUUAAUAGCUACGGAGCCUGUGGACAUCGAGUAAGGAAGUGCACUGGCGUUACGUAAAUCGUUAGACCUCUCAAAUACAUGCUGUGAAUGAUCAAGAUGCUCUGGGUUUUUUGUUGGUUCUUUCCCCACCUCACCCCUUCCCCUGUCCCCAACAGACAUGCUCUGAACUGACUUCUAGGUCAAGGAUGCAGCUGAGCACUUAGAACUGUAACUAAUCUCACUUAAUCUCUGUUGGAUUCUCCUUUACACUAUUACUCCAUUAGCAGUGGUAGCAACAAAACGUGUGCUGUUGGCUCAAGUCAUUUCAAAGUGCCAUAUUUUCAAAAGUUGAUUAAAUGAACAUUAUAGCCGCUGGUGGUUCUGUUCUGUUUGGCUAAAGGAAUAAUGUCUUUAUCACUGCUUCAGAGUGAGUCCUGACAAGAUGCUGACAUGUAGCCACCUAUUUAUUUGAUUUGAAAAAAAGAAAAACAGCAUGGACCUUAGCAUCACUUAUUUAUCUAUGUAACUUGAUAUCAAAUGCUGAUAUGAUUCCAAAAAAGAAUCAUUCUGAAACUUCUUUUCUAUAAUGGGAUCCAUAUUUUGCUUGGUCUACACUGAAAACAGAGAUAUAAAUAAAAACAGUAAAGAUUAUUAUGUUUAACUUUGAUUUGCCUCUUAGACUAGAGGUGGUGGGUGUAAUAAAUGCUUAUUUUCUGUGCUUCAAAAAGCACUCACUUACUGCACUAUACAGAUAAUACUGCUCAGCCAUUUUUAGGCAUUCAGUUUCAAGUGUAGGACAUAUGAAACCUCUUGUCAGAGCUUCAGAAUGUUCUAGCUUCAUAAGCAGUGUGCCUCAAUUCAAAAACACCGGUAUUUUUAACAUCCGAGUUAAAUAUCAUUAACUAAGUAUGCAAAUGUCUUGUCUUAUUUUCUGAAAUGCUCCUACUUUCAUGGGCUUUGUACUUUUCUGAAACCUCUUGGUGUAAUAAAGAGCUCCAAAAUCUUA